AUGAAACUGGAAGUGUUUUAUGUGAUCGAGGAAGUAACUUCCAUAACAGUGAAGCCGUGUCCCACAAAUAAAAUUGCCCCACAUCGCCGAUCAGCACGUCAUAAUAACCCGCAGAGCAGGACUUUUGGGCAUUUUUAUAGCCUCUUCGCUGAUGGAGACCAAGGCAAUUCGGGUUUACAGGAAGAGCCACAAGCAGAUGAUCCUGAAGACUGCGGGGAUAUAGAAGAUUAUGAUGAAAACGAUUUGAGUUCAGUCACAAGGGAUAGUCAAAGAAAACAAGGCGAGAAAACCCUAUUCAACGGUCCGUUCGGGUUUUUCUUCGGCCGUCCUCCGAGCACUAAUAAGCCGACUACCACAAGACGACCAGAGCCGUACCGACAGCCUACCAGACCCCCACCAGGUGGAUAUUUCAGUGGGAAUCCGUAUAGACCACAACUGCAGCUUAACCCAUCAGAUAACCUUAAACCAGUCCAAGAGUACGAUCAUCAUGAACCACAAAUGAUGUACCGGCCCGGCCUAGUCGGUGUACCACUCGGCCACGUAGUAGGAAUGCACCAAAUAAAACCCACGAGGCAUCCGUCACACAGCAAAGUUCUCAAAAUACACCCACAGAGUGUGGAGCCAAUAAAACAAGUUCACAAACACCUAAAAACAAGGAACGUAGAGAGUGGUGUUUUUCGUUCAUUCUUCGAUCUGUUAUUCUAA